AUGCUUCUGUCUACAUUGCAUGAGAUCAACCUGGCCACUGUGUCGCGAAUGGAUUUGAAGCUGGAAGAAGGCCUUUACUUUGGAGACAUCCUCACCAUCCUCCCACCAAACACCCCCUCUGUCCACAAAACCAAAAGCGUGGCCGGGGCGGGAGAGGAAAAGCCUGAGAAACCGCAGCGAGCUGGAGCCGCCGGAGGACCUGAAGAAGAAGCAGAAAAACCUGUGAAAACUAAGACUGUUUCUUCCAGUAAUGGAGGGGAAAAUUCCAGUCGCAGCGCUGAGAAGCGAUCAGCUGAAGAAGAAGCUGCAGACCUCCCAACAAAGCCUACAAAGAUCUCCAAGUUUGGAUUUGCCAUAGGUAGUCAGACGACAAAGAAAGCCUCAGCCAUAUCCAUCAAACUUGGCUCAAGUAAGCCUAAAGAAACCGUUCCAACUCUUGCUCCAAAAACUCUUUCAGUAGCAGCAGCUUUUAAUGAAGAUGAAGAUAGUGAACCAGAGGAAAUGCCUCCGGAAGCAAAGAUGAGGAUGAAGAAUAUUGGAAGGGAUACACCAACAUCAGCAGGACCAAAUUCCUUCAAUAAAGGAAAGCAUGGGUUUUCUGAUAACCAGAAGCUAUGGGAGCGAAAUAUAAAAUCUCAUCUUGGAAAUGUCCAUGAUCAAGACAAUUAAAUGAUGUGCUUUGAAAUUGGGGUGUGGGGUGGGUGUAAAGUUAAAAGGAACAGUUUCCUUUUUUAAAGAAUGGUAUAAGACUAUCUUU